GCAAGCCCCGCGUUUUACAGUAUGAUAGAAACGUGUGAGUUUGUAAUAAGGAAAAUCUGAUAUUUCUUGCAGAAGAAGAAGAAGGAGAAUACUACUGGAACGUGAACAGAUCAAUAAUCGAGGAAGGACAUUGAUGCACCCUCCUCUUGCGAUCAAGUAUAUCACCUUUCCGAUAUUGUUUAACCAUUUCACCAUAGCAAAACAAUUGCAUGAAAUGCUUUAAUGGAUCUUAUCUCUUUAGAUAUCCUACAUGAAAUCUGUACAGCUAACGGUAUCCAAUCAGAGAAUCUCGCUGUAGACAUCUUUCAUAAUCAUAUCUUGUAUAUAAUAUUUUCUGGUUUUCCUAAAUGGAUAUCUCUACAAAGUUUCCCUUUUCUUACUGAAUUGGUUAUCAUCUCUCAGGAAAUUAAUCAAAUGGCUAAAUUAGAAACAUGCCCAAAUUUAAAAAAAUUAUGGUUAUGUGAGUGUAAAAUAAUAAAAAUUGAAAAUCUUAACUCAUGUAAACAACUCUGUGAACUUUAUCUUUAUGAGAAUUAUAUUAAAAAAAUUGAAAAUUUAUCAGGAAAUCGUCAACUUGAAUGUUUAUGGUUGAAUGAUAAUCAAAUUAGUGUUAUUGAAGGAUUGAAUGAUUUGAAAGCAUUAAAACGACUCAAUUUAUCUGGGAAUAAUAUUCAUAACCUUGGUGAUGGUUUAAAAUAUAAUUUAAAAUUGGAAAUAUUAUCAAUUUCAGGUAAUCGAUUAUGGAAUCCAAAUGAAAUAUCUAUGUUAAGUAAACUAUCUUAUUUAACAUCAUUAAAUAUUAAUGAACCAGAAUAUUUAAAAAAUCCUCUCUGUAAUAAUCCUAAUUUAUUAAUUAUUCUUAUGUAUAAAUUACCACAAUUAUCAAAAAUCGAUCAAAUCAAUAUUGAUUAUUUAGAUUUAAAAAAUGCUAUAAAAAGUAUAAUACAAAAUAAAAAAAGUUAUUAUAUGAUGAAAUGUGAAAAUUAUCGAACAAUUAUUAAUCAAAAAAUUUAUAAUUUGAAAAAAAUUUUAAAUAAUAUACAAAUUAAAAUUUAUGCACAUAUUAAAUUGUUGGAUAAAAUAUUAAAAUCUUUAGAGAAUGAAGAGAAGAAGAAACAAAUGAAAAAUAAUGAGUUAGGUAUUACUUAUGAAAUAAAUAAUAUUUCAUAUUUAAUAAAUGAAUUUAAUCAAAAAAUUAUUUAUUGGGAGAAUAUUCUUUAUAAAUAUAAAUUGAAAUAUGAUGUUUUAUGUAAUCGACUUGAGGAACAUUUAAAUUUUCGAUCAAAUUUAUAUAAUUUAGAAUUAGAAAUGUUUGGUUAUUUAGAAAUUCAAGAAGGUUGUAUAAAUGAUGAUUGGUUUAUUGAUUGUAGUCAAUUAAUUAUUUCAAGAUUAUGUUGUCAUAAUGAUAUUGAGUCAAUAAUAAGCGGAAUUCGUAUUUUAUAUAUCUAUAAAAUCAAUAAUAAAUUAUUUCAUUAUUUAGAUAAUAAUGAAUUAAAUAAGUCAUUAAAUAAUCAAUUAACAUUUUUUAACUAUCUGUUUAUGAUACGUCCUAAAGAAUUGGAUGAAAUAAAAACAUAUAUUGACAUUAUACGUAUCGGGUUUCAUAACAGUAAUCAAUAUAAACUGAGUAAUAGUAUAAAUAUGGCGGAUAGUUUAAAUUUGCAAAGAUUAUGUCAUGAUGCCUAUGAACCAAAUUUUAAUCGACAUAAUUAUAUUGCUCGUUUAUUGGUAGUCAAAGUGUGUGCUCCAAGAAAUCAUAACAACCACAAUAAUAAUGAUAGCGAUAGUGAAGGAAGUAUAAACUCUGAAGUGAAUUUAAACAAUUCAGCUACGCUACAUAAAACUACACGAAGAUGUUGUUGCCCUACCCCAAUAAUAAAUUCUAUUCCAUUACAAAAUGAAUUAGUUUAUCCUGAAUUUUUAGUCGAGAUUGAGUAUAUAUUGAAAGAUAAUCAUGAAGAUUGUUUAUUUGAUCAAGUAGAUAAUACAUUGAAUAUUAUUAAUAUACCCAUGAAUUUACAAAUAUUUGAUGAACAAAUACAAAUUGAUAAUAAUUUUAUUGAAACAAAUUCAAUUGAAAUAAUGAAAUAUUAUAAAUUAAUUGAUUCAUAUGAUUUUAAUACAAAUCAUUAUACAAUAAUAUUGAAUAAUAUUCAACUUUUAAAAAAUUUAGAUUUUCAAAAUUUUACUAAUUUAUAUUCUUUAAGUAUUAGUCAUUGUGAAUUAGAUAAAUUGCCAAUAUUUCAUUGUAAUAAUCUAAAAAGAUUAAUUAUAAGUCAUAAUAAAUUAACUUCAUUACAAUCUUUAAAUAUUAUGCCAAAGUUAAAUGAACUUAAUAUUGAUUAUAAUCUAUUAACGUGUAUAUUUAAUGUGAUAUCAACAUUGAUUAUAUGUACACCAAAAUUAGAAAAAUUAUCAUUUCGUGAAAAUCCAUGGAUAUUAUUAGACAAAUUAACACGUAUUUAUACAUUAAUAAAUAUACCAGAUAUUAAAUAUUUUAAUAUGCAAUCAAUUAAUUAUGAAGAGAUUGAAAUAGCUAAAAAAUUAUUUAAUUCAUGGAGAAUAACAUCAAAAAUGAUUGUUAAUAAUGUAUACAAUUGUAUAACUACUAUAAAUGAUAUUACAAUGAAUAAUAAAUCAAUUAUUGAUAAUGAAUUCUAUGAAAAUUUAACUAUAUUUCCUAUAGCCUUUAAUAAUAAACAAUUAAAUACUACUACUAUAAGUGAUCAACAAUAUUUUACAUUGAUCAAUUUCAAUUUUAUUACUUUUCUUUGUUUAAAUUCAUUAAAUAUUUUUAAAAUUGAAAAUUUUGAAAAUUUAACACAUUUAAAAUAUCUUUCAUUGAAUCAUAAUAAUAUAACAAAAAUUGAAGGUUUAAAUACUUGUUUAAAUUUAAUUGAAUUAUCAAUUGAAUAUAAUUUUAUUCAAUCAAUAGAAAAUAUUAAUCAAUUAAAAAAACUUGAAUGUUUAUUAUUAGGCAAUAAUUUAAUCAAAUUAAUUAAUCAUUCACAAUUUAAAUCUUUACUUAAAUUACGUGUACUCAAUUUAACAAGUAAUUAUAUUUCAAAUUUAAAUAAUAUUGAUUGUUGUAACCAGUUAAUUGAAUUAUAUUUAGGAAAUAAUCAAUUAAUGAAUAUUCAAAAUAUUUUAUAUUUAAAAAAAUUAUCUAAUUUAACUAUUCUAGAAUUAUCUGGUAAUCCAAUAAUUAAUCAAAUUAAUAAUUAUCGAUUAUAUAUAAUUUAUUAUUUAAAAUCAAUAAAAGCACUUGAUGGAAUUGAAGUUAAUUCAAUUGAAUUAAUACAAUCUAAAGAAUUAUUCAAUGGACGAUUAUCAUAUGAAUAUUUAAUAGAAUAUUUAGAAAAUGAUAAUUUUUCUAAUCUUGUUCAAUUGGAUCUACCAAAGUGUAUGCUUAAAACAAUUGAUUUUUUAGAUCCAUAUCGAUUAAUAAAUUUAAAAAGUAUAAAUUUAGAAAAAAAUUAUCUUACAUCUUUUGGUGGAUUAGUAUUUUUAUCCAAUUUAAAAGUUAUUUGUUUAAAUGAAAAUUAUUUAGAAGGAUUAUUUUCUAAAAAUAUUUGUUCAUUAGCUAUGAAUUAUAAUUAUCAAAUAACUGAUUCUAUUGAAUCACGAUUUAUUAAUUUAUAUCGAUCAACUCAAUCAAUUUAUCCAUAUUUAAAAGUAUUACAUUUAGCUCAAAAUGGUAUUCGAUCUCUACAAGAAUUUCAAUUUCAUCGUAUGACAUAUCUUCAAACUUUAUUCUUACAAAAUAAUCAAUUGAUUACAGUCAAUGGGUUAGAAGGAUUGAAUCAACUCAAAGAAUUAGUAUUAGAUAAUAAUCGAAUUAAACUUAUCAGUGAACUAUCAUUUUUGUACAAUUGGACACUACAAGAAAUUCAUCUUGAAAAUAAUCAUCUACGUGAAUUAAAUAAUUUAAGUAAACUUGAGAAUUUAAAACGUUUAUAUCUUGGUGCCAAUAAACUGACUGAUUUUAAUGACCUUGAGAAAUUUGCUCAAGGUCAACGGAAUCUUUUUGAAAUCUCAUUAAUUGAUAAUCCAAUCGCUUCAAAACAAAUUCAUCGAUUGAUUUUGGUGCAUAAUAUUCCAAACUGCAAUAUAUUGAUGGUAUCCAGGUGA